UACGGCACUAACGUCGCUUGAAAUGGCCGACGUCUAGGGGGAGUGUCUAGUGAUUUACGGAAAUUGGAUUUCUUCGUCAUUUUUACUCAAUAAGCUCUUACCGCCUCUCGCGAGGCCAAGAACAUUCCAAAUAAAAGACUGACUUUACAUAAAGUGGAUUAAAAUGGCGUGGCGCUUUAAAGCCUCUAAGUAUAAAAAUGCAGCACCAAUUGUGCCUAAGCCCGAGGCAUGUAUUCGGGACAUCUGUGUGGGGUCAUAUCAGACCUUUGGGAACAAUAUUUGCGCUUCGGCGUCCUUCAUGGCGUUUAACUGGGAGCAUGUGGGGUCGAGUAUGGCGGUGCUGCCGCUGGACGACUGCGGGAGGAAGAGCAAGACAAUGCCGCUGCUGCACGCACAUUCGGACACAAUUACUGACAUGGAGUUCUCGCCAUUCCAUGAUGGCUUGCUGCUGACUGGAUCUCAAGACUCUUUGGUAAAACUUUGGCACAUACCUCCCGAGGGUUUGAAAGAGUCUCUCUCCAACCCGGAGUGCACACUGUCGCAAAAGCAGCGGCGCGUGGAGAAUGUUGGCUUCCACCCAGUGGCCGAUGGGCUGAUCCAUGUGGCUUCGGGGCACGAGCUGGCGCUCUGGGACUUGACUAAGCAGAAGGAGGCUUUCGUGAACCGAGACCACGGUGACGUGAUCCAGUCCACGUCAUGGAAGAAAGACGGGCGCCUCAUGGCUACCUCAUGCAAAGACAGGAAGGUCCGCAUCGUGGACCCUAGAGCCGCCUCGGCCGUGUUGGAUGCGGCCUCCAGCCACCACGGCAUCAAGGAUAGCAGAGUCGUUUGGCUGGACCAAGACCGUAUUUUGACCACUGGGUUCGACGCAGCCCGCCUCCGUCAGAUCAUGAUCCGCGACGUCCGUAACCUCUCCCAAACUCAGAAAACCCUCGAACUGGACUGCUCAACCGGCAUACUCAUGCCUCUCUUCGACCCGGACACCAACAUGUUGUUCCUCGCUGGGAAGGGAGACACAACCAUCUUGUAUAUGGAGGUUACGGAUAGGGAACCAUUCCUUAUUGAGGGAUUGAGGCAUUCUGGCGAACAGACGAAAGGCGCCUGCCUCGUACCAAAGCGGGCUCUCCGCGUCAUGGAAGGCGAAGUCAACAGAGUACUGCAGCUGGCCGGCUCCAGUGUAGUACCUAUCAUGUACCAAGUGCCAAGGAAGAGCUACCGCGAAUACCAUGCCGAUUUGUACCCCGACACGGCGGGCUCUGUGACUUAUCUCAGUGCUCCGAUGUGGCUCGACAACCAAGAUCAUCCUGUCCCCAACAUCUCUCUGCAUCCCGAUGCUAAUAACUGCACACAGAACCACCGCGGAAACCUGGAAGAAGUAGUCAAAUCGAUCCUCGCCAUGCCUCCGCCGAAAAAAGCCGAAGCCAAAAAGGCGAUCACUCCAAUAAUCGCCCAAGAGGACCCCAAACCGAAACCAGCACCCGAACCCAAAAACGAAGACCACAUCGACUUCGUCAACGUCAAAGACUUAAUCAAAGGCAUGGAAGGGAAGAAAGAAAAUGGCUACAAAAAACUAGACAACGGUUCCAACGGACACGACGAAAAUGAAUCAGAAAAUAUGGAAAAAGUUCUAGUAAAAGCUGAAAGUACAGAUUCAGAAACGUGUCUGUCGAGGAGCAAUAGCUACGUGAAUGGGACUCCGGUGCAAGCGCCGAAGCCGCUGCCUCGGUCGUCUAUAUCGGAGCCGUCGGGGGAUGAUGAGGCGCCGAAACCUAAGCCAAGGACGACGGCCGUAGUUUCGGGUUAUAAGCCUCGACUGGGCCCGAAACCGUUCUCAGCAUCAGCGGGUAGCGAAGAGUUCUCAUUCGACAAGGUCUUCUCCGUGCCUGUUGUACCUGGCGUACCUAAAUCUGAAUCAGCAACAUCGCCUCUGACGCAAGCGGCCUCCACGCCUGUCGGCAAAGACGAGGAAAAGGACAAAUCUCUAUCUCCCACUAGCGACGUUGAAAUCGCACCAAAAGAAGAGUACACGAACGGAAAGUCUGACACGAGCUUGGAAGAGGAGGUGAAUUCUUCCGACUCCGGAUACAUCCCUAAAACUCCGAGCACUGCUGACAGGAGGAAACUCUUUGAGACCACUGACGGGAACCAAUCCAUAGCAGAUCGCCGUCGAGCGUACGAGUCGCGAUCUGUCAGCGUCGCUGUGGAGUCAGACACACCGCCCUCGCCCGCUCCUCUCAGACGGCGAGACUCCCUGAAAUCGCGUAAGAGCCCAGAUCGCGAGGAAGACAAACGCGCGUCCGUACCAAAUGUGACCACCAAGAGGACCUCCACUGUCUUUGGAAAAGUGUCUAAAUUCCGUCACCUGAAAGGAACGCCCGGGCACAAGUCGACACACGUUGAGAACAUCAAGAAUAUCAGCCGACAGAUCUCGGGCGAGUGCAAUGGGUUUUACGCGAAUGGCGUCCGUUGCGCCGUGCCCGUGUCCGGCGGCGGCGGCCGCGUCGCCAUCGUGGAGCUGCCCGUGGGAGCCACCCCCGCGGCUACAGCCCCCCCCACGCACCCCUCCGGGCUGCACCCCCCUGCGCUGCUACAUCCCGCUGUACUCCAGGACUGGGCGUGGGAUCCCUUCAGAGACGAUAGGCUGCUUGUGGCCUGCGAUGAUGGCAUGAUUCGAGAAUGGAUUAUCCCGGAAGGAGGCCUGCAAGAAUCAUCGAACACGCCAAACCGCACGUUCUCGGCGCACCCCGAUAAGAUCUAUAUAGUUCGGUUCCACCCGACAGCCUCCGACUUACUCACUACCGCAGCACACGACCUCACCAUCAAGAUAUGGGAUCUCAGCCUAGAUGUUCCUGAGGCGUCGAUAACGCUUACUGGGCACACGGAGCAGAUAUUUGCGCUAGACUGGUCGCCUUGCGGAGAAUAUUUGGCUACAGUCUGUAAAGAUGGACUUGUUAGGAUCUUCAAGCCCCGGUCCUCGACGGAGGCCAUCCGCAGCGGCCCCGGCCCGGCGGGCAGCCGCGGCGCGAGGAUAGUGUGGGCGCUCAACGAAACUCAUCUAGUCCUCACUGGCUUUGACAAAGUAUCUGAACGACAAAUCUACCUAUACAAGGCGAGCGAUCUCAGCGCCCCCGUGUGUACUGUAGGCUUGGAUGUGUCUCCGGCAAUAUUACAGACGCAUAUCGACCAUGACUCAGGCACUAUCUUCCUAACGGGGCGGGGUGACUCAACGAUCUACUGCUACGAGGUGACCAGCGAGGCUCCGUACUUGUGCGCCCUGUCUCACCACCGCUCGCCGACGCUGCACCAGGGAAUCUCCUUCCUCAAUAAGAAAUUGGUCGCUGUGGAAAAGGUUGAAUUCGCGAGGGCGCUUAGGUUGACCAACGGCAACAUUGAACCUCUAUCAUUCACUGUGCCUAGGAUAAAGAGCGAGCUGUUCCAAGACGAUCUCUUCCCACCAACAUUAGUAACCUGGGAGCCGUGGCAGUCAUCGCGAGCCUGGUUGAACAACAACCACGUUAACCCGCGCACAGCCAGCCUGCAGCCGCCCGGCAUGCAACCUUUGUCAGCGCAUUCCGUGCCCGCUGCUAAGGAGCCAGUGAAGCCCCCACAGAAGCCCAAACCAGAUCUGAUCAAGUCCCACGUGCCACUUGAUCCUAAGGAGAAACAGGAGAGCAUAAUGAAAUCCAUGAGCGCCAAGGUGGCGAUGAACCUAAAGCUUGAACAAGACAACAUGGAAGGCGUGGACGAGGCCGAGUGGGAGCAGUGAGCCGUCGGCGGACUUCUUACACCUCAUGCCGUGCAGUAAGGCUCUGAGAAAACCAUUGAGAUGAGAUAUAUGUAGAGAUAGACCUGAUUUAGACGGCGUGCGAACUCGCAUGCGAUUU